GCUAAGGCAACGGUGCGCUUGAGCGGGAACCGGCAGGAGGCGGAGGCCCGGAGACCUCGGGAGAGGCGCUGCCCGAGCCGGAGAUGGCGAUGACACAGAAGAGCAAUCGGCCGCGGCUGACGGCAGCACAGCAGCUGGACCGAAAGCAACAUGAGGCCUACUUCCAAGAAAUGAAAGAGUUGGAGCAUGAGAAGAAGGUGCAGCGCGUCCACCAACUAGAAGUGAUGUGGGAGGCUGAGGAUCGCGUUGAGCAGAAGCGUGUCACACGGAUGCUCAAGGAGGAGGAGCAUGAGCAGCGCAUGGAAGAAGCCAUCCAGAGGGCAGAAGAGAAUAAAAGGCUGAGAGAACUGGAGUUGCAACAGGAAGAAAAACUGGCAGCUGAGUUAGCAAGAUUAAACCAUGACAAAGUUAAAGAUGAAAAGAUGAGGCAGCAAAUAAGAGAGAACAGUAUUGAACUUCGGGACCUGGAGAGGAAGCUGAAGUCUGCAUAUAUGAAUAAAGAGAGGGCUGCCCAGAUCGCUGAGAAAAAAGCUCUAAAAUAUGAAAAAAUGAAAGGUGAUGCAGAGAUAUACAAAGCCAUGAAGGAAGAGCAGGAAAGAGCGGUAGAGGAAGAGAGUGCUGCUGGAGCGAGGCGGAAUCAGGAGGCGCUGCUCUAUCAGCGAGAACUGGAGAAACAGCUUGAGGAACGAGAGAGACGGAAGCAGGCAGCCUAUGAGGAGUUCCUAAGAGAGAAACUCUUGAUUGAUGAAAUCGUGAGAAAGAUCUACGACGAAGAUGAAAAGGCAAAACAAGAAAGGCUAGAGAAAAAGAGAGCAACUCAGAGAUUCAUCGAAGAAUUCAAAAAGGAUCAAGUUAUACGGAAGAGACGGCAGCGUGAAGAGAUGGAAGAGGAAAACCGAAAACUAAUGGAAUUUGCCAACAUGUGGCAGGAAAGAGAAGAUGACAGGAUGGCAAAAGUCCACGAAGUCGAGGAGAAAAAACGAAACCUCCAGCAAACGCUUGCAGAGGCUCUGGAAAGAGAGCAGCAGGAGCGAGAAGAACUCGAGCAGAUCCGAGCAGAGCUGUAUUUUGAAGAACAAGCAGAGGCAGAGAGAAAGAAGGAGAUGGAGGAGAUGGAGAAGAAAAUUAGGCAGCGCUUAGAGUUGCGAAAAUCGUAUGAAGAACAAUUGGCCAUGCGGGAGGUGCUGCUGCAGGCGAUGAAGGAAGAGGAAGCUGCCUUUCGCCAAACGAUGCUCGCCAAGUUUGCAGAGGAUGAUCGCAUUGAGCAGAUGAACGCUCAGAAACGAAGAAUGAAGCAGCUGGAGCACAGGAGGGAAGUACAGAAGCUCAUCGAAGACCGGCGCAAGCAGUUCCUCGCAGACAAGGAACGUGAACUUGAAGAAAGACAGCUGGAGGAAAGAAGGAAAGGAAUCGUUAAUGACAUCAUUGAGGAAGAGCGACAGAAACUCCUUAAAGAACAUGCGGUUAAACUAUUGGGAUAUCUCCCCAGAGGAAUCCUUAAAGAUGAGCAAGAUGUGAAUAUGCUUGGAGAAGAGUUCCGGCAAGCUUUUCAGAAGAGAAAAGGGAAUGAUGGACUUUCAGGAGACAACUGAGAUUUGAUUUUGCUUCAGGAUGUACUGCAAGAGGUAGCCUGGUG